AUGUCUGGCUCGAGGCCGGACCAGGGCCUGGAAUCUCAUCACACCGUGUUGAACAACGACGACGGUCAAUACAAUGUGGACUUGAAGACCGCAAAUUUGGACUCGUCGCUGAUGGCGAUGCCUGCUGCCAUCAACGACGUCAGCGCCUCCGAGCCAUCACAAGCCGGUAUCCGAGAAUCAUUUCCCGAGGAAUCUUGGACGCAUUCGCAUGACUCGGGCGCCGGUGAUGCUUCUCCCGAAGUUUCGCUGAGUCGAGGCUACAUGGGAGAGUCUGGGUUCAUGCAAAUAUUUCGCCAAGGUCAAACCACCACCUAUCUACCCACGAGCUCGAUCAUCCCCGGUCUUCGGGCAGAGACGCUUUCCAUGUCACCGCUCCUCCUGCAGGCCUUUGAAGAAACUCAUCACGAAUAUUGCUACCCGUUUUGUCCUAUUCUCGACAAGCUGAAUCACUCCGGCGACGACCCAUUCGCGGGAAGUGUGCUGCUCCAGCAAGCCCUUGCCGUCCUGGGCACCAGGGUGAACCCGCCCGUCAUCCAGCACGACCACCCUUCGCUCUACUACCGUCGUGCCAAGACAUUGUUCUACAUGAGUCAUGAACCGAACCCUCUGAUUCGCAUCAUCGCCAUCAUUUUCUUGCAGUGGUGGAGCGCAGGCCCGCCCAACGUGGUCAGUCUGGACAGUCAGUACUUCUGGACGGGCGUCGCCAUUCGGUUGGCGCACGAGAUUGGCCUUUACCGUGAACCCACGAGGAAUCACUCGUUGAAGCUCGGUGAAACGUUUGGACUGCGACGACGGAUCUUCUGGGCUUUAUUCGCUCGCGAACGAGUGUUCUCCCUUUGUCAGGGUCGCCCAUGCCUCGUCCAUCUAGAGGACUGCGAUAUCCAACAGCCGACCCUGACUGAUUUCCCCGCUGACCAGGCUGCUCAGGGGGAAAUAUUCAUCCAUUACGUACGCUUGUCAGAGAUCAUCGGCCGUUUGAGCAGGCGACUGAGUCUCGGAAGUGACCGAUCUGCACCAGCGCUCGACAUCAUAUUUGAGCUGCAGAAUUGGGUGCAAUCCUUGCCUCAGCAUCUGCUUCUGCCAUUCGGUGCCGCCAGAACUGCGACCCGGGAUUUCCGCAGAGACGUGCACCAAUUGCACUUGCCCUACUUGACCGCCAUCAUGCUACUCUACAUGAAUUCCUCGUCUCACGCUUUACCCAAAGCCUCUGCAACGGCGUUGCUUGCUGCGUCGUGCGUCGCCAGGAUCUUUCAAGAUUUUCUAGCACGCGGCUCCAUCAAUUUCGUGUCUGGCAUUGGGGGCUGGUACAUGACGGUGGCGAUCCUGGCGCUACUUCAUGGCAGUCAGAUACCGGCCUUACGCGACUGCGCGAACGAGCAGAUUGAUGUUCUGAUGAUCGCCCUGCGUGAGAUUGCAAAGUCAUGGUAUUCUGCGGAAAUGUUUCUCCGUGCGCUAGAGAAGCAUGUCAAGGGACAGAGCGAGGAGGCCAGGGGCAAUCCCAGUGCCGACACCCUGCAGGGAGAUCCGGGGACCACAUCAUCGGCCUGGAGCGAUCUCGCGUCCAGCGACGGAGUGGACCUUCUCGGCUUCUUCCCAGGGCACACCGCGCAGACGAGCAAGCUAUUCGGCGUCUUCUAUGCCGACGAGGCAGCAGAUGUGCUGAUGAAUCUGGCGUGGCCUGCUGAUUUCAGUACUUCUGUCAUGGAUCUUUUUGAUCAAACGUUUGAGGGCAUGAACGGGACCUUUGGCUUUCCGGCUGCUUGUUAG